AUGCUCCGGUUCGUGAACCACUGUUGUGUCCCGAACUGCAGGAUUGAGAAGAGGAACAUUGUGGGCGAAGAGCGAUGCGGUAUAUUCACCGUCCAAGCUGUAAGUGCAGGCGACGAGCUUACUAUCGACUAUUGCUUUGACUGCUCCAAUCACGCGCAUCGCAUGCCUGUGUGGAUCUGUUUGUUGUCGUGA